AUGUGGCUCCUUCGGUUGCUUCUGACUCUCUCCAUUAUCUCCUUUUCUUCAACUUUUCUGUUGGAUGAGGUACCUUUUGAAAUAAAUCCUCUGAUUAUUCAUUGGGAGGAUAAUGACGUCAUUCGAGGGAGACUCAAGGCUUCAGCUGAUCUCCAUUUGGCUGAGAAAUCCCAUUUUAAAAAUCGAGAGUUUCUGAUCGAGAGUAACAAAGUGGUCUCAGACCACAAAACGGACAGAUCCAGAAGAGAUUUGGGAUUGUUAACAAGUCCCGUAGCAACGGCAGUAGUCACGGGAAUGAUAGGUAAGUUAAGAUUCGACUAAAACUAAUCGCUCUUUUAGGAAUGACAGCCAAAGUGGUCUCUGAUAUUACAAGUUAUCAUUCGAAUCCUUCAAGUGGGGGCUGUGAAUGGUUUGGAACCGCUCCGUUGUGUAAUCAUGCUUGCCCUAGUGAUUACGACUACGUGAGGGGACACAAUGGAAGGUGCUCCAACUUCUGGUUGGCCUCAACUUGUAAACCUGACGACAGUUUCGGGGAGCCUUGUUCAACUUUACUCGGAUCUUUUUUCAAAAAAAGAUUUUGUUGCAAGUUAGCUUUUUUUGAUGAUGCAAUCCCUUAA